UUAAAGGGGAUGCGAGGCAGGAGGCUGGAUGGAUGCGAGGAUGUGCGGAGCGUCGGGGAGGAGCGCUCCCUCAAAAGCCAGCAGCAGUGUCGCGUAAUGUGCCAGUGCAGCCGGAGAGGCGCAGCAGACAGGGCGCAGCAAACAGGGAUCCGAGCAGCUGCAACUCCAGGAAGAGGUGCUGGGAGGCCCAAGCAAGGCAGCUAAAAAGCCUCAACCGAGAGGAGCGGCGCCUGUGGAUGGACAGUGCAGGCACCAAUGGCAUCACCGGAGCUUGUGGAUGGAAGAGACUCUGCCGCUGAUACUCUAAACCCAGGAAUGGAGGGUGGUGCCGCGUCCAGCGGCGGGAAAACUUGUCCUGUCCACGUUCAGGGCGGAGAGGAUGCAAAGAGGGGCUUUCGGAAAGGCAUAGGCAGGCAUAAUGACUAUGUGAAGAUCUCUGUGCUGGAGUCCAAGGUCAGCCGUCUGCCCACGGAGUGGUGGAAGACGGCAAUCGCUUUCUUUUAUGCUGGUUUUAACUUGGUCCUGACAACAGUCGUCAUCACAAUCGUCCACGAGAGGGUCCCACCCAAAGAGAGCAGCCCGCCUCUUCCUGAUAAGUUCUUUGACUAUAUCGACAGGGUCAAGUGGGCCUUUACAGUGACGGAGAUCAAUGGCAUGGUGCUGCUGGCCAUUUGGAUGAUCCAGCUGUUCUUCUUUAGAUACAGGUCAAUAGCAUGCAGACGGUUCUUCUUCCUCAUCGGCACCCUGUACUUGUACCGCUGUGUCACCAUGUACAUCACCACCCUGCCUGUACCUGGUAUGCACAUGACUUGUGCUCCAAAGCUUCACGGAGACUCCCAGGCAAAAAUUCAGCGAAUUCUGCAGCUGAUUUCAGGCGGAGGGCUUUCCAUCACAAACUCCCACCUCCUGUGUGGAGACUUCCUGUACAGUGGACACACGGUGAUGCUCACCCUCACCUACCUGUUCAUCAAGGAAUACUCGCCGCGGUCGUUCUGGUGGUACCAUCUCAUGUGCUGGCUGCUGAGUGCCGUGGGGGUGGUGUGCAUCCUGGUGGCACACGAGCACUACAGCGUGGACGUGGUUGUGGCUUAUUUCAUCACUUCCCGGCUGUUCUGGUGGUACCACACCAUGGCCAACUUACAGACUCUGAAAUGCUCGCCCAACAACUACCUCACCAACACCUGGUGGAACCCAGUAUUCAACUUCUUCGAGAGGAACGUCCAGACCUCGGUGCCAUGUUCCUACAGUUGGCCCAUCACCUGGCCUCCCGCCUGCCUUAAGAACCCCUGCAAGAAGUACUCCAUGGUACAGAGCACGCGGGAGGAGUAACACAACCCUGAAGCCAAAGCCGCAGCAGUGUUACUUGAAAGUCCUCUGAGGAGACAUUCAUUCAUUCAUUCAUUCAUUUAUUCAAUCUUGUCAGCUGGACAGGAACACUGAUAUCAAAUUCAGAGCUAUGAAUGAAAUGUUUCAGUGUUACGUGUCUAGAAGGAUAAUCAUAUUGUCUUUGCCACUGUGAUUUAUUUAUGAAUUAAAGUCCUGCAAGUCAUUACUGUUUUUGUAAAUUAUAAUUGUAACUGACCCUAGUGGUUUUAAUGCAUAAACAGGCAGUUGUUUGCAUCAUAUUUGCAGGUUUGUUGCAGUAUUUGUAAGACUUGAUUGAUUUUCCUCUUUAUCUCUUCCAUGCUAUAUAUUUUUAUGGGGUUUACCUCUAUAAUUUGUCAGUGUGCUCAAGUCACAAGGUGCCUUAGUGAGUUAAAUGUCCGUAAGUAUACAAAGCCGCCAAUGUCUUAGUGUAAUUGUUUUUCUUUCUUUGAGUUUUUUUCUUAUCAUUUAUUUCAUGUUUAUUUUAGUCGCCUUGAGUGUGUAUAUCCCAGAUGUAGUCUCAACAUUGUACUGCUGUAUUAAAAUUUUACCAUACUAAAGCUUCAA